CUCUUAGCCACUAAUAUAAGCAUCUUAACGAAAAUCGUUAAAUAGAGUCAGACGGAAAAAAUCAAGUAUUUUGGAAGUCUCUAAGAACAUAAAUUUCGAUUGAUUUGAUUUUUCAAGGUUGUUUGACUGGUAAAGGUACGUAUUCUAGGAAAACGUUUGGAUUCGUGAAUGUUUGAUUCUUGAGCGAAACGACUCCUCCAAACAAGCGUUUUUUCAAUACCUUGUUUCCUGUGAAACCUUCCGUUUUACUUCUUUCGAAUCGUAUCCACUUUGUGCGUGGAAAAAAAGCGAGCCAACCGGCUCCCCGUUUGAACCGUUCCUUCAAGUCGAGAAGUCUCUGGCCUUCAUUACUCUUGUGUGUGUCUGGACGCUUCCUUUUGUGAAUAACACUUGCUUUUUUUCUAUCCUAUCUUAAAAGAUCAGAAUUACUUGAUUCCAAACAAGUUGUUUUGGUUUGCUACUCCCAUCCAUCUUUGUAUUGCAGUCAGCGUCUUUUUUAUAUACGAUUAUUCGCUCAGUAAGGACGUUUCGAGCCUUUCAUAUCCUAGGGAAACUAUUAUUGAGUUGUACGCUUGACUGUCUAUUUAGAUUUGGAAAUUUUACAAAAAAGUUGAUUAUUAAGCGUCCUGUGUAUAUUUGUUUCUUUGUUUAUUUUUUUCUUUUUUUCCGUUUGGUUGAUCUUCAAAAAUUCAAUCCUUUUUUCGCGUUCGUACACAGGUUUCCUUCUGUGAUUGUCUCUACGAUUUGUUUCUUGGUUUUUAUUGUAUUUUAUUUUUCUUUUUUUUUUUUUUCUGAUUGCGGUUUUCCUUGAAAAACCCCCUUCAUAUCUGUUAGAAUUGAUUUCGGCAAUUAGUUGAAUCAUUUACUAUUCCCCCUCCCCUUUAUUUUUCGUUUGUGUGUUCUUGGUUUUACAUCCUUUGUGCUUUUGACUGAUAGUUCUAUCUGUCAUGAAUUCGAUUCCAGACUCUUACUCAUUAAAACAAGAUUUUCCCGACAAUUUGGGUGAUUUUGUCGACCCUUCUUCUCAUCCUCAACUGCGAAUGAAUUAUAAUCACCCCUCAGCAGCGACUUCUGUGCCUUCGGUCCCUGCUGCCCCUUCUGCUCCUACUGGUUCUGCUCCAGAUGUUGAUCCAUCCACUGUAAAUCCAUAUAUUCAAAGUACGUCUUUGGAUAUUUCAAGCCCAUUCGACAACGUCACCCAGGGGCUAACGGGUGGUGAUGCAGAAGCUCUUGCCGAGUAUUGGCAAAAAACCAUUGAUACCUUGGAAAACAACGACCAGGCCAUCAAAACAUUGCAUCUUCCGUUAGCUCGUAUCAAGAAGGUAAUGAAAACGGAUGAAGAGGUACGUAACAAAAUGAUUUCCGCCGAAGCUCCUUUCCUCUUUGCCAAGGGAAGCGAAAUUUUCGUUACUGAACUCACAAUGCGUGCUUGGUUGCAUGCAAAGAAGAAUCAGCGACGAACUCUUCAGCGCUCUGAUAUUGCUAACGCCAUCUCUAAAUCCGAGAUGUAUGACUUUUUAAUAGACAUUAUUUCUAAAGAUAACUUAUCCCCCGCUCCUUCUAUGUCUCAACCUCAUGUUAUCAAUCAGUCUGCCGCAAUGCCUCCUGCGCCUGCUCCUGCUCCUGUACCUGGAAUCCCCUCUUAUCCCGGACAACCAGGAAUGCCUGCCCAUUCCAUGGGUUACCCUAUGGGAUCUGGAGGCGUUCAGCAUGCAUAUCCUUCUCAAAUAGCUGCUGCUAACCAGCGAGCCAUGCAGUAUGGAUCUCAUCCUGCCUCUGGAUAUCUACCUAUCCAAGAAAUGGAACAAUCUCUCAUGUUCAAACAGCCAGGUAUGGGUCCUGAUUAUCAGCAAAUGCAAAUGCCCGAUGCCUCUAUGAAUAUGGCCUCUGUGAAUGCUCCUCGUCCUGUCAUGGUUGCUCCUUACAUGGCCGAACACUUGUAUCGAUACCCUCCGACUCAUUUAGAAUCCGGCACAUCUGCUUUCCGGUUCCCUUCGGGUAUGAGGUAUCAGCAAAUGGGACCUCCCUUACAAAGUAUGCAAAGAGAGAAUAUGGGACCUCCUCAUCUACAUGAACAUCCUGUCUAUGCACACCCUUCUCAUCAGUCUUCUCCGCCACAACAAUAUGAAUCACAACCACCACAACAACCACCACAGCAACACCAGCAGCCCCAACAAAGGUUCUAUCCUCAACCGAAUCCUAUGUUUUAUCAACCACAUCAACCUCAAGGCCUUCAUAACUCUAAUGCUGUGCCGUCUUAUCCAACACAGCCGCAUCCCAUGUCACGCUAUUCACAACAAAACCAGUAAUUACUUUUCUACAAAAAAUGCCUUAUAAAUUUUUUUAUUUAAUGAUUUGGGAUUCUUUUAGUUGUUUUUCUUUCCUUCCUUAACAAACAUAUUAAUUUGCUAUCUGAAAACCUUUCAAAAGUUUGUUUUCGACUUCUUUUUUUUUUUUUUCUCAUAUCUUAUAAUAAUCCUAGUCCGGAGUCUGUUCUGUACAUAAAGUAGAUGAUUCUUUAUUAGGGAGAUAUGGAAAAUUCUACGACACUUUUAAUUAUUAUCUUUUUGUCUAUUUUGGCGCGAUCUAUCAUUCUUUGAACCCAUUUCCGUAUAGACUGAAACCUCAAAUUAACUGAUCAAUCAUUAAUUUAUCCUGUUUCUUUAUGUUAUUACGUUUCUUGUUACUGUUUUUACGCUUAUAACCGUUAAUCCGCCGUCCAUGCUUUCAUUUUGCGUCGCUUGUAAAGACCUCCUUCAUCUAAGCACCAGUUUCGCAUACAGAAAAUACACUAGUCAUUUACAGGGUUUCAAACACUAAUAUACCGCGCAAACUUCAAAAUUUGUUAUUAGUUUUCUCUUAACGUCUAAUUUACAUAUAGGCCCCCAAGCAAAGAAAUUCACAAAAGAAUCUCUGUACCUUGCCUGAAAGGCCACCAACCAUGGCCACUGACCUCAGAGGUAAGAGAGACCAGCGGUGCAUGGCAGAUUGUUAUACUCCUGCACCAGAACUACACAGUUGAUUAAGUAGCAACAGGUAGGCAGAAAGAGGAGAUUGGUUUUGCUGAAAUCUGCGAACUGUCUUCAGUUAUUCAAAGUAACAGCAAAUUGCACCUAGAAGAUUUAUAAACAGUAUUGUAACAGGCACAAUAUCUUUCGGUUUCUUCUAUCAUUCUAACAAUGACAAAAAAAGGGGCUUCUGUUUAAGAACCCGCAAGCUGCAACAUUACUGCUGCUUUUGAAAACUCUCUUUGCAUCUAACAACAAUCUGUUACCAUCCGAAAACUACCUAUAUGAAGAAUACAAAGUUACUACAGCUUGUUCUAUUCUUAUAUACUUUUUUUUUACGAGCCGUGACUGUUUUUCUUUAUUAUGGAUCUCUUACAAAUACAAUCAGAAAGAUCUUGAUUGUGGAUAAUCGAAGAAUAGACUAAA